AGAGCACUCCUAUACUGUACUAGACAUUGCUGCUGGUGGAUAAGGAAAGGAUAAGAGUAUCGACAAUGGAGGAAGCAGCUGCCGGUGAAAAGCUCGACGUGGUGCUGUUCCCAUGGCUGGCGUUCGGGCACCUGAUCCCGUACCUGGAGCUCGCCAAGCGCCUCGCGGCGAGGGGCCACGCCGUCACGUUCGUCUCCACGCCGAGGAACGUCGCCAGGCUCCCGCCCGUGCCGGCGCAGCUGGCGCCCCGCCUGCGCCUCGUGGCGCUGCCGCCGCCGGCCGUGGAGGGCCUGCCCGAGGGCGCCGAGUCCACGGCCGACGUGCCGCCGGAGAAGAACGAGCUCAUCAAGAAGGCGGUCGACGGCCUCGCCGCCCCGUUCGCGGCGUUCCUCGCGGACGCCGUCGCCCGCGGGAGGAGGCCGGACUGGAUCGUCAUCGACUUCUGCCACAACUGGCUCCCGGCUAUAGCCGACGAGCACGGGGUGCCGUGCGCCGUGUUCCAGAUCGUGCCGGCCGCCAUGGUCGCGUUUUGCGGCUCGCGGUCGGCGAACGCCGCGCACCCGCGCACGACGCCGGAGGACUUCACCGUGCCGCCCAAGUGGUGCGCGUCGUUCCCUUCCGCCAUUGCCUACCGCCGCCACGAGGCCGACUGGGUCGCCGGCAUGUUCAACCCCAACGCGUCCGGCGUGUCCGACAUGGACCGCCUGUGGGAGAUAACGGAGCGCACCCGCUUCACCAUCUACCGCAGCAGCGACGAGAUCGACCCCGCCGGCGCCGGUGUGUUCGCCCUCCUCACCGAUCUCUACCAGAAGCCGGCAAUCCCCGCCGGGGUCUUGUUGCAGCCGGAACUCGAUGGCCGCGACGACGACGAGUCCAGAUCAGGAGCACGACCCGAGGUCCUCCAAUGGCUGGACAGCCAGCCACCGAAGUCCGUCAUCUACGUCGCCCUCGGGAGCGAGGCGCCGCUGACGGCCAGCGACUUGCAUGAGCUCGCGCUGGGGCUGGAGGUCGCCGGCGUCCGCUUCCUGUGGGCUUUCCGUAAGCCGAGCGGCAUGUCCGCACCCGGCACCGACGUCGGCGAGCUGCUGCCAACGGGGUUCGAGGAUCGGACACAGGGACACGGCCUGGUGUGGACUGGGUGGGUCCCGCAGGUGCGGGUGCUAGCGCACGGCGCGGUGGGUGCGUUCCUGACUCACUGCGGCUGGGGCUCCACCAUCGAGGGCCUCGUGUACGGGCACCCGCUGGUGAUGUUGCCGUUCGUCGUCGACCAGGGCCUCAUCGCGCGCGCGAUGGCGGAGCGCCGCGUCGGCGUGGAGGUGGCGAGGGAUGAGAGCGACGGUUCGUUUGGCAGGGACGACGUGGCGGCGGCGGUGCGACGCGUCAUGGUAGAGGAAGAAGGGAAGGUGUUUUCAACCAAUGCCAAAAAGUUGAAGCAAGUUCUUGGCGAUCAGCGACGGCAGGAUCAGUACAUGGACGAGCUUGAAGGAUACCUCACACGCUACAAGGACAACAACAGUUCCUAAUGGUGUCGGCAAGGAGUAUGCUGAAAGCAUGGCAGCAAAAUGGGAGAGACAAAAAUAAAAUCGACUUUGAUCAGCAAGUUGCAGAGAAAUGUACUCUGGGGAUGAAAACAGAUCGGAUACAGACGGAUAUCACUGAUAUCGUAUUUGUUUUUAUAUUUGUGUUCGAAUACGGAGUCGGAUACGAAUAAUAUUAAUUUUUAUCGGAUAAGAUUGUAAUGGAUAUCGACAUUAUAAAAAUGUAACUUUUGAGCAUUCGGAUACGGAUCGGUUAUGAA